UCAAGAAUUAGACUUCCGAGCGUACAGUACGAUUUGAUAAUUCCCAAAAAAAAGGGCAACAAGACGGGGGGUCGCAAUAACCUUGGCAGGGUCUGACAUUGAUGGCGUCCACCAAGACCGAGGGGCUCAACGUGAUCGCCCUCGUAUCCGGUGGAAAGGACAGCUUUUUCUCUCUCCUCCACUGCAGAGCCAACGGACACCGCAUCGUCGCCCUCGCCAAUUUGCAUCCGGCACUACUACCACGGAGGCAGGGCUCCUGUGAUGGCACCUCGCAACCCCGGCUGGACGCCAAGGUACCCGCCGGCGAAGCGCCUAGUACCGCCGUCUCGCCCCGGGCUCUAGAGUCAGCUCCUUGUGGUCCUUGUGAUGGGCCGCAUCUGGGAUCGGCCAAGGAUGCGCGCCCUCCCGCCGUGCUCCCGGGUCGCGAGGGUGGAGUGGCUGGAAAUGAGGCUACUCCCGAAGUGGACGAGGAUGAGCGGGAUCUCAACAGCUUCAUGUACCAAACGGUGGGGCACCAGGUGAUCCCCCUCUAUGCCGAGGCUACAGGCAUUCCGCUCUACCGCCGGGCAAUCACCGGCCCUGCUGUCCAACACGGAAAGGACUACGACGCGAAUCGCCAUCGGAGCUCCACCGCUUCUCCGGCCGGGGGAUACUCCGAUGAGGCCGGAGACCCGGAGAGGGCGGACCCUGACGAGACCGAGUCCAUGGUCCCGCUCCUCCAGGACAUCAAGAGGGCUCACCCAGAGGCAAAUGCUAUCUGCGCCGGAGCCAUCCUCAGCACAUACCAGCGCACGCGCGUGGAAUCGGUAGCGAUCCGCCUCGGUUUGACGCCGCUGGCCUAUCUGUGGAAGUUUCCCGUCCUCCCGACCACAGGUCCCUCGGGCCCCGUCGCAGGGGCGGAUGCCCAACUGCUUGAUGACAUGACGGCGGCGGGCCUGGAGGCCCGCAUCAUCAAGGUUGCGAGCGGCGGCCUGGACAGCUCGUUCCUGUGGACCAACGUUGCGAGUCCUGCGGGGAAGGCAAGACUCGCCACGGCCAUGCGGCGCUUUGGACCGGCCGAGACGGGCGCCGUCAUUGGCGAAGGCGGCGAGUUUGAGACGCUUGUGUUGGACGGGCCGCCGACCCUGUUUCAGAAACGGAUCGUAGUUGCCGAGGAGGACCGCCGGGUGGUCAGGGAAGGAGGGGGGAGCGCAUGGCUGAGCCUGCGGAAUGCGAGACUGGAGGUUAAGCUGACGGGCAAGGAGGGUGGAGGUGAUAUCAGGAUCCCCAAUCUGCUCGACCCGGGCUUCGUCAGCGUACUGGACGCGCUGUCGGGCUCCGAGACUCUUCCGACAUCUCAGAUAGGCUCACACGCGCGAGACGAGGAGUUGCCCCGGCUGGGAACUCUUCAGCCGUCCAGCCAGGGGCGGCUGGAGCAAUGGUCGUUUACCAGCAGCAAAUCAGCCUCGGCCUCCAUAGGAGCCGAAACACGGGGCAUCGUCGAGCAUAUCCGUCAGCGUCUCCAGCAGCGGUCUCUCCCGGCCUCUGCCAUACUAAGCGCCACAGUCAUCCUGCGUCGAAUGGCCGACUUCCCUGCCGUCAACAGCAUCUACGGCACGCUCUUCGACGCGCCCAACCCGCCUUCUAGGGUUACUAUCUCGUGCGGCGGCGCGGCGGACGCAAACAUCGCCGUCUACCUCACCGUCCACACCGCCCUCCAGCCCAGCCAACGCCACGGCCUGCACGUGCAGUCUCGCUCGUACUGGGCACCUGCCAACAUUGGUCCGUACAGCCAGGCCAUAUCCGUCCCCCUGCUGAGUCUCGGGAGGGCGGGAGAGGCGGAUGCCCCCUCUUCGUCGGGCCCGCGACUCGUCACCAUCGCCGGCCAGAUCCCACUCGUGCCCGCCACUAUGACCCUGCCGGACGGCGCGCUGUCCCUGCAGCUUACCCUCUCACUGCAGCACCUCUGGCGCAUCGGAGUCGAACUGGGUGUGCAGUGGUGGACCAGUGUCGUGGCGUACUUUCCGGCUUGCCGCUCACCCGCUGGCGACGAAGGGGAGGAGAGGUCGAAGAAGAUGGAGAUGGUGCAGAGGGCCAGGAUGGUCGGCGAAGCUUGGAGGAUGGCACACAUGUCGAAUGGCAAGGACCAAGGAGAAGACGACGACGACGACGACGACGAUGACGAGAACGGCCCGGAUCUGUGGGACAGGCGGUUUAACCCGCAGUAUAUGGCCUUCUCCUCUUUCGGCGGCGAGGAAAGGAAGGCGGACCCGGCACUGCCGGAUCGGUCUGUCCUUGCGCCCCCUUCUCGGGGAAGGAGGCCGCCAGCGUUCGUGGCCGAGGUGGAUGAGCUGCCGCGCGGGGCGGGCGUCGAGUGGCAUGCGCAUCUGGGAAUCGCGAACGCGGACGAGGGGAGCGUCAUUGUGAAGGAGGCGGUCGCAGUCGAAGACAAGGGAGAUAUACACGUGGCGCAGACGAUCAUUCGUCCGCCCGGGGAAGAGGAAGGCGUGAGGUUUGUGCAGACUGUUGUGGCGGAACAGCUCGGCUGUGGCAGGUCUGGAGAACAUGGCGACAUCACGACGAGGGCACUGGCGCAGCUGGGAGCGGUCGAUUCCACCGAGGAGCCUGCUGCGGUGGUACGGUAUGUGGACGUCGAGGUGCUCAGGGCGGCUGGUGAGCGGGGAGUGCCGCAGGAGGGUCGUGGACCAGUGGUGCCGUGCAGGUCGCUCUGGGAUGGGGACGGAAAGAGACUGGCAGCCGUGUCGGUCUACCACAGCGUGUUUGAGUGAAGAAGGGCUGCGAUCAGACAAAGGUAAACAGAGAGAAAGGGGGAAACCAAAG